AUGCAACCUUCCUUUAUGGGGAAUGAACGGCAAUCGCCACUCCUAGAUAUGCCAGCCUACCCGCCCACCGUCAUGAGUUGCCACCGCAACGAAGAACAAUCAGGAAAUUCGAAAGCAAUGGAAGCCCACUUCAAAAACAUUGAGGCGCGCGAAACACUCCACUUAAGCCAACAUAUCCCUUCCAUCCACACCAUCGCACCUCGCAUCCCCCUUCUCCCCAAGAACCCAACAAAACCCUCAUCACGACGCCGUCGUCGCACAACCGACGGCCUGGAACGUACCAAAUCCUCCAGACUCCCACUCGAGCGUGUACCCCGCGGCUACCAUAUCCAAAACCUAAUUCAGCCCAUGCAACUCACAAUCGCGACCCUAACCCAAGCGACUUGCAACCUCGACAUGCGUCUCAACAGUCUGGAAUGGGGUCGUCUUGCCGACGCGGACUCUAAAAAAUGCUUUGCUGAGCCGGCGUUGGUGGGUAGAGUUACCAUGUGGACUGUUCGGCUCGACGGCUUGCUAGAUGCGCUUUUUGGCCGUCGGAGUGAUGUGGAUACCAUUUGUCUGCUGCAUGAGGGCGUGCAGAGGGGACUUGAGCAGAGGAACGAGGAGGGGUUGGGAAGUCCUGGCAUUUUGCAUGCGGGUCUGGCUGGAGGUGGGGUGAUUGAUGGUGUCGUUGGUACGGGUGGAAAAGCAGGUGUGGAUGUGGAUGACGAUGUCGUCUGUACGACGCUGGGAGAUGGGAUUGUAGAUGUGGAUGAUGGCCGGGAUCAGAGCGUGCAAGUUAAGAAAGCAGAUGACGGAAACGUCAGUCUUGAUAUGUCGCAGUUUCUCAAUCUGGACGCUGAUGUCCCAGUGUCAACGGUAGAGGAGGUGGCAAUGCCGAACCUGGUUCAGUCGGAUGAAGAGUUUGCAAAGGAGAUUGAUGACGAUAUGUUACUUGAGCUCUGA